UUCUCUUUCCUCCGACCCUCGGAAGAGCUUCUCGAAAAACCACGGAGAAUCUUAGGGCGCCUCUGAAGAGUCAUUUCUCUGAAUAUUUUUCCCCUGAAAAAUUCACUCCCAGAGAUCGAGAAGAGGAUGGAUUUCGGUACUCCUGACAAGAGUCUGGAAGAGACCAGCAAAGAAGGGGCUCCAUAUGUUGGAGAGCCAUGCCUUAACUUACUUGAUAACAAGGACGACAAGGAUGGAAAAACUUUUCAAGGUGAAGCUGAAGCAUUGGAUGUUAAUAUGCAAGGUUACACAAAUCAGGAGCGUGCUGGAUCACCAUUGUUACCUGGUAAUCCAGCUUCUCUAUCACCCUCAGAGAAAGCUGAAGAAUCUUGCUUACCAAUUGAGUUAGAUAUGCAACAUGAAGAUAUCAAGAGGAUUGCAGACUAUACAGAUGAUGGAUUGAAGUCCACAAUCAAGGAAUAUGAAAACCAUGAUAAAAUGCAAGGGGCUGACUAUGUUGGUCUUUCUGGUGAACAGCUUGAUAAAAGUGCUAGUGGAUCAUCAAAUAUGUUGGAAUCUAGAAAUUCAGAUGCAUGCUUUCAUAAGCCUGUCUUAUCAGCUGAUAACAAUGAUAAUCCUUAUGAAGUAGUGGAUAAUGGAACCUAUGGCUAUCAAAGUGCUAAGUCACCAACUUUGGCAGCAACAGAGAAUGGAAAUGUUGGAAACAUAUCAGGGAAUUCUCAAUCUGAAAAGGCUGAGCUUGGCAAUGAGGAAAUGGAUCAUGAGAACUUUAGUCAUGUUAUUGAAAUGAAGGAUAACGACUACCCUUUGGAGACAGUAGCUUCCAAUAACAGUGGGAUGGUAAGGGAGUGCACUGAUCUGCAUUCUCCUAGAAAAGUGCGAAAUGGUACACCAUCACCAGAAAGAAAUAUGUCUGAUCCUAUGGAAAGGUCUCCUAACAACCAACCAUCUGCAAGUCAAGAGCUCCUCCCUCCAGAAAAUAAUGAGAAGAAAUCAGCUCCUCCAAUCCGAUCUAAAAGGAGACGAUCACCUUCUCCUGAAAAGCAUGCUGUGGAUCGGAAGAGAGCUUCUUCCCAUGAUCGAUUAUCUCCAUCUGUAAGACGGAAAUCUCCUUUAGGAAGGACAACACAUCGAGAUUCUCAUCACAGAGAUGAUUCUCCAAGAAAACGCUUGUCAGCAUCACCUCGAAGGCGAGAUUCCCCGCGAAGGAGAGAGAGGUCUGAAUGUCGAUCACCUGUGAGGAGGAGGGAUUCUUCUGGAUCCAGAAGAGACAACCGUGGUAGAUCUCGAUCAAGGUCUCCCUACGCAAGGGAUCGUUAUCGAAGAUCACCAAGGAGAAGGCAUUCUCCGAGGCGCAGAUCUCCGCCGCCAAGUUACCAUUCUCAUCGUCGUUCUCCAAGGAGGCCUUGGUCACCACCUGCAAACCGCAGCACUGGAAUCGGCAGGCCUGGAAGGAAUUUAUUUGUUGCAGGUUUCAGUUAUGUUACUACUGAGAGAGAUUUAGAGAAGAAAUUCUCGAGGUUUGGACGUGUAACAGAUGUUCGCAUAGUUCGGGAUAAAAGGUCAGGUGAUUCUCGUGGCUUUGGUUUUUUAUCCUUGGAAAGGGAUGAGGAUGCUGAUGCUGCAAUACGUGCUCUUGAUCAGACAGAGUGGAAUGGUAGAAUUGUUCUGGUGGAGAAAUCAAAGACAUAUGCUCGCUAAAUCUUCUAUCUUGGAUUUUAUUAUACUUGGAGAGAGAGGGAGAUGGCUGUUUUGUCAGCUCUAUUUCAUACCAAUAUUCCUUUCAGCCAUAUGACAUUGGUUACAAGUAUACGGCAAGUAUUGUUCUAAACCAGACUCUUGAUGCUGUAUUAGGUCUAUCUUUGCUUGGUUGGUAUAGGCUAAUUUUGACAGAUUUUAAAUAAUUUUUGUUGUUUUACUUAUCUGUUUAAAAAAAGUGUAUUAUAUGUACAUAAUGAGGGUACUUGUUUCUGUCAGAUGAUAGCUCAUGUGAAAUCCUCUUUCAGGGUUUAGCAACAGUUAGAAAUGAAAGUUACUGUACCUUUUGAGUCUGGGAACCUCUUCCUUAAAGAGUACCAUGCAUUACAAACAUUGUGCAUGAUUUGAACCUGCCAACUCGAUCCAGUGCCUUCAAGACUUGCUGGAAUUGGCUUAUUGGUGAAGACAUACAUUUUUGCAGCAUGAAUUUCUGAUCAGUACUUAUAUGAUGUCAUAUGUUUUAGUAGAUAUUUCUUGUGUUCUGCAGGCUAUGUUAAAAUUUGUUGAAUCAAGCUUGAUAUCCUGGACCCUUCUUUGUUUUGGCACAUAUAUGUACCCCAAAUGUUUUGGCACUUUCGGUUCCCUAGCAUGGCUUCUGAAGCUUGCCUGCACAAAACAUCAGCUAACUCUGCUGUGCGAGCUAAUGGUGAAGAUGUGCUUUUCUGCGUUCUGAUUCCUCAAUACGGAUUGGUUUUUGCAAGCACGUAAUAUAUUUUGAAGAUCUUCUUUUGCUGCAGGCUUGUACUUGUCCUUAACAAUACCAUAUUAUCAAGCCUGAUGACCUGAACCAUACUUUUGUUCAACACCGUUAGCACUUGGACAUAGCGGUCUGAUGUAGUACAAAUCAUGGUUUCAAACCUAAGCGUCAUGGAGAUAAGUUACUAUCUAAUCUGGCUGUCUGGUCUUGUAAACUGGUGUGAGAAAAUGUGGCAAUUGGUUGUAGAAAUGCUUAGUCAUAGCCUUUUUCAGGAUCCUAAGCCCAACAGUACUUCUGAAGGUUUCUUUAGAAUGAAAUGAUGCUUCUGCAGAGUCUGGCAGAAAUUAAUGGUUUUAUGUGUGUUGAAUAGCUUUUAAAUUCAUUUUAAGGGAAUUUUUGACAUUCAUGGUGAUAUUAGGCUGCUUUUUCUAGGCGAUUGAAGACCCAGCCCCUAUUGUUCUCUCUCAGAAGUUGCAAGAAAUAAUUUUGUCGAUAAAAUGAAUGCAAAAUUAGAA